GCUAUCUUUCUGUGUUGUUUAAUAUAGGUAUUCAUAGGCAAUUCUGAAUUUAUUAUUUAUUAAACAUUUAAAUUAUAGCUUAACAUGUCAUCUCGCACAUUUGAAUGGAAUUGGUAUAGUAAACCUAUUAUUAACUACAACAAGCGUAAAAAAAAUUGUGUUCUAGAAAAAUGUGGUGACCAUCAUCCAUUAAAACUAACAUCUACAACUGUGUUCACUAAUAAAAAUGUAUUGAUUGAUGAUCCUUUAUCAUCCUCAAUUACUUAUGGAGAUGAUCCUCUAAGCCGACCUGCUCAAUUAACUCCUACUGCUUUUGAUGACGCUGAUAAUGAUUGGUUGGACGAUUUACCACCCUGGUCACAUUAUAAACAGAGCAUAUUGAACAGUUACACAACUUCUGAAAAACUUUCAUUUCAUUCUCUUUCAAAAAAUGUUCAGAGUGCUACUAUACGAUCACGUUUAGAAGAACUGGAAGAAUUUGACGAUCAAGUAGAAUAUUCAGAAAAAGAGCUAUAUGAUUUAACACAACAAGAAUUUGUAUCACAUAUGGACAACUUGGGUAAAGAAAUUAUUCAUGCAUGGAGUAAUGAACAAAGAGUGAAAGCAUUGAAAAUAGUUAUACAGUGUACCAAAAUUUUAAGCUACACUUCACCAAUGCAGUUUUAUCCAAGUAAAUUUGUUUUAGUAACAGAUUUAUUAGACUUAUUUGGAGAACUAGUAUUUAAGAGGCUUAAAUCAAAAUCAGAAAUAAUUGAUGGUCAUGUAGUAAAACUUCCAGAUAAUUUUACCCCAAAUAUGGUACCAGAAGGAGCAAAAGAAACAUGUCAAAAUUGGUUUUUUAAAAUUGCAUCUAUUCGUGAGCUUCUACCUAGACUGUACAUUGAAGCAGCUAUUUUACGUAGUUACCGUUUUAUCAAUCCAAAUGAACAAAACAAUGCUUUAUUAAGACUAAUAAAAAUGGUUCGUGGAAUUGGUAAUCCUUUAGUAGCAUUGUAUGCACGAUGUUAUCUAUGCAGGAUCUAUGUUUCUACAAAUUUAACUGUAAAUUAUUUUGAAGAAAGUUUCAAGGACAUCUUAUUGACUUAUAAACAAUUAAACAGUAGAUAUGUUAGUAAAGAGGUGCAAACUCAAAAUAUGAGCAUGGAGAAAUUUUUUCAACUUUUGUGUCCAGCAUUAGAGUGGAUAGUAAAAGGAUUAAGUGCUGGAAAAGAUGCACUUAAACUUGAUGAGAUUGUUAGGUGGUGUACAUUACAAAAUCUCCAUGGACUACUUAUCAACACUAUAGUGAACACAUUUCCUGGAAAUUAUCUAGCAAUAAAAGCAGAAUACCUUAUUAAUUUAAUAUCAAAAUGGGAAUAUGAUGUUGUUCCACAAACUUUAGUUAUACAAAAUCUUGGCAAUAGCUUAAGAGGUCAUAUUGUACCGAAUGCUCAAAAUGUUUUAAGAGAAGCAUGGAAAAUGGUAACCAAAGUUAAAGACUCUGAAAGAUAUAUGGCAUGUGCUGAAGCUUGGAUAUACUUCAUUGUAAAACAUUUCAAGAAUAAAGAAAUAAGCAUAUUCAUGAAUGAUAUAACUAGACACUUGAGUAAUCGUGUAGGAAUAGAACGAUUUCAUUCACAGCUACAUAAUAUCUUACAACAUUUACUUAAUUAUAUAGAAGAUUUUGAAAAUACAUUCCAUUUAAACUAUUUAUUGCCCUACUUGGACAUGUUUGGAUCAGAUACAAAUAAAGCAGCUAGUUGUAAAAUUGUUUUAGAAGCAUACCGAACACGUGGGGAAAAUGUCAUGUCAACUGACCCUGUGAUUAAUGAUUGUCUUAUGUACAUGUGCAAGAUACUACACGAUUCUGUUGAUUCUUUAACAGUUGAAGAUGAAGUACGUCAAAUUAGUCGUCUAAUAGCUUGUUUUAUUUUUCGUGUCAAUUAUGGCAAUGAUCUAGAAAAAUAUUUGAAUUUCUAUAUGGAAGCCAGAGGAGUAUUUAUAAGAUUAGAUUAUGUGCAAUCGGCACUCAUACAAUGCGUGAAUAAAUUAAUGGUCAUGUCUGUAUCAGCAUCAAGAGUGCUAGUUAAAAAUUCAUUUGCACGUGCAUGCUCAGCAUAUUGUUAUAUUACUAUUCCAUCCAUUACUUCUCCACUUGUCAAACUGCAACUUUAUAUUUUAACUGGGCAAACAUCACUCUUAAAUGGAUGUCUUGGACAAGCUGAUGCAUGCCUGAAAGCAGCGUCAAUUACAGUUAGAGAUUUUCCAGCAUUACUAGAAAUUGACGGUCACACAAUUAAUACUGAACCCAUACUUGUAUCUUAUAUUAAGCAAAUGUUGUCAAUUUUACUUGUAGUGCCAGAUUGUCCUGAUCAAGAAGUCAUGCAUCAAGUAAGAAUUUUGAUCAACUCUAUCAGACAAUACUCCUGGACAGAUCCAAUGCAACCACAUUUACUCUAUUUGUACGUACUAGAUAUGAUGGCUACUGCAACAUUGGACACAUAUCCUUACAGAAUACCAGAUGUGGAUUCUAACGAUGUUCUCUAUGGCCGUGAACCACAGUUUGUGGCUGAUGUAGACUCUAUGUGUACCAUUUUGUUGGACAACAUACUUGAACAAUUAAAAAACAUUGCUGAUAAACCUAGUUGUCAAAAACAAUUGGCAUUUGAAUUGCUCAUACGUAUCAUUGUCAGAGCAGAUCUAAAUGAAAUUCAAAUGGCUACAUUAGCUAUUAAUCUCUGGAAGUUAACGAGAAAAAAUAAAAUAAUAGACUCUAUUAUUGAAGAUAAUAAGGUAUCGUAUAUUAUAGAUUUUUGUGAAAAUGAAGAUGACGAUAUAUAUUAUAAAUUUAUAAACAAAAUUACAAGAAAUCAUAUAGACUCUGUUCAAAAAUAA